AUGGAUCAAGGAUUAAUACAGUUUUCCAAGUCUAAAGCAGGAGAAGAGGUGGCAAUAAUCGAACCAAUAACAAUUGUGUACAGAAAGAAGAAGGUUGAAGCUCCUCCCAAGAGGAUUAAGCCAAUUCAUUUUCGUGUUCUCACUCCGUUCCCGUAUCAGAAUACCAAGGCGGUGCCUUGGAAUUAUGAGACUACAACAUAUUUGGGAGGAAAAGAAAUCUGCAUUCCUGACACAAAAAUCGUCAACAUUGUUGGAACGGGAGGCAUGAAUCGGAGUGGUCGUGCAGGGGCAACUGUACCUGCCACUCCGAGUGUGACGACUGCUCUAGUGCUGACGAAGGUUAUUGACAAUAAGGCUGUAGAAUCUGAAACGUUUAAGGGUAAAGGGCCGAUGGUUGAGAAAGAACAAGUUGAAGAUCACAAGAAGAGCAUCACUUUUGAGGAAAGCCAAGAAUUCCUCAAAUUGAUCAAGAAAAGUGAUUUCAAAAUUGUUGACCUGUUGAAUCAGACUUCCUCCAAAAUAUCAAUUUUAUCCUUGCUAUUGAGUUUUGAGGCUCAUCGCAAGGCAUUGCUGAAAGUUCUAAAUGUCGCUCAUGUGAUGCAAGAUAUCACGGUCGAUCAAUUUGACGACAUGGUUGCUAAUAUCACUUCUAGUAGGUAUCUAGGAUCUAAUGAAGCAGAGCUACCACAUGAGGAAAAUGCUCACAACAAAGCAUUACACAUUCGGUCAUGUGCACAAACUCUCUUCUAUCUCGAGUCCUCGUUGACACUGUUUAAGGGGCCUGAGAUGAGGACCAGCGCACUGAUACUUCAAGCUUUCGAUGGUUCCCAAAGGCAGGUUAUUGGGGAAGUCGAUUUGCCUAUCUGUGUUGGACCCCACCAGUUCAGCAUCACCUUCCAAGUCAUGGAUAUCAACCCAGCUUACAGUUGUCUGUUGGGAAGACCGUGGAUUCAUGCCGCUGGGGCAGUCACUUCUACAUUGCACCAAAGGAUGAAGUACUUGAUUGAUGAUAAACUGGUAAUUGUGUAUGGUGAAGAAGAUCUGUUAGUCAGUGAACUCUCCUUGUUCAGAUAUUUUGAAAUAGAUGAAGGGAUCGUCGAGGUUCAGCUCCACUAUUUAGAGUUUAAAGAAGUCAGUUCCGCUACCGCCAAUCAUAACCAAUCUUCCGCUACCAUCUUAUCCUCGACAAAAAGUGCCAAGAAGAAAUUGGAGAAAGGUCCGCUUCCCGGUUGGGGUAAGGUCGUCAAUGUGGCAGAGAAACGUGACAGGUUUGGUAUUGGUUAUCACCAAGUAGUGUGCAAGGAAAGCCCGAAGAAAAAGCAGUUCAACCUGAUCAAAUUCAGCAGCGCCGACUUUCAAAAUGAGCAUACUGUGGUAAUUAUUGGAGAGUCCAGCGGUAGCAAACCAGGGGCAUCCAGCCUCAUACGCAAAUGUCCUCCAGGGUUCAAGCUUCCCAAUUGGACGACCACCGUGAUUCCCAUAAUGUACUCGAAAAAAAUGUAA